AAUAUAGUGGAUAGUAAAUUUAAACCUGACCUAACCUAACAUUACAUUAUUUUUAAUUAAUUUUUGUAAGUACUAUUAAAUAUAUAAUUAAAACUAGUCAAUAAUGACGUGGAUAUUUUUACUACAAGUUUAGAAAUAGUUCCUUUGAAGCACCCAGGCACCGGCAAGAAAAGUUUAUUUGUUUUCAAUAAACAACAUGAAAUACAAGAAGUGAUGUCGUUUUCUGAAUCAAAGCGUUCGUGGUUUAUAAAUGACACUGUGGCUUCAAAUGGGAAUUUAUAUUUGUCGACGCCUAUUGAUCCUUUAUUUUUAAUCCUUCCAUAUCUAUAUGAGUCCUGUUUAAAUCAAGCGUCCCCCUUAGAUCAAAUAUUAAAAGAUCCAGAUUUUCCAGCAACCGACAGGUUAUUAAAAUGUUCUUCCCCAGAACAACUUAGUUUAGUUGCUGAUAGAAAAGGAUCUCAGGACUUGAAUGCAUAUAAAUUUAAUAAAGAAAAAUGCCUGUCCUGGUUAGCUACAAAAGUUAAUCUCAUUGCAAAGGUUUUGAAAAAUAAAAAAUUGCAUGUGGGGAGUGGAGCAGUGUCUGCUUCGUUUGUUAAAAGUGAAGCUGAUGUUUCAGAUUGUGAUGAUGAUUACAAAGCCUACGCCUUCGGCAUAAUAUCCGAGUACAUAAAUUACGAUUUAAGCAAAAUGUUAAAAGUUCAUCUAGGAAUUCCCGAAACCGAACAACCAGACAAUCAAAAAAGAAAAUCUUUAGCGACAAAUGAUAAAAACACAAAGAAAAUCAAAUUAGAAAAAGAUACCGAAGACUUUGUAAUGCCGAUUAAAGUAGAAAAACCGAAGGCUCCUUCUGCGAAAGAGAAGGCUUGGGGCAAGGCUGCAAGUGGAACCAAGAGUAUAUCGUCGUUUUUCAUGAAAAAAUAA